CCUGCUCUGUUUAAAAAUCGGUCGGAUCGGCAGCUCCACUCCUUCGCCGUUUUAUCAUCCAUUCCCUUUCCGCAUUGCACUUUAAAUACUUGCCUACCUUAUCUUAUCGUCUGGAGCGUGAUUAGGAGUUGCAUCCAUCACCCGCAGCAAUGUCUCCCAAACGUUCCUCCCCAUCCGGCUCGAGCGCAGCCAGAAGGUCGCGUUCCUCCACCAAGGGCACCGCCUCCGAGCCCGAGGCCGCCGAGGUCGCCAGAGACAGGCGCUGGGCCAAGGUUUCUGGCUCCGCGAACAUCCAUGCCUCGUACUAUAUGAUGACCCAGAACCCCCUCAAUGCCUACACGUACGUCAUCAUGUGUGGGGUUCCUUUCGACGCUGGUGGCCCCCACGGCAAAGUCCGCUGCGAUGGUCGAAAAAAGUGCCUCUACGGCAAGCUGGCCGCCGACCAUCCCGAACAACCCUGGAAGGUCACCCGCGCCGGCAAAUGGAGGUUCUUCGACUCCUGCACGCAUUGCGAUCUCCGCAACCCUGACGCCUUCGAGGCCUCUACCUUCAACGACCACGAGGGCUACGGCGUCAUCGAGAUGUUCAAGAAUCUUUUCCUCGACUUCGAGGCGGCCGCUGGGAACUACAAGGAGCAGAUCGAUGACGGUAACCUAGCCGAUGCGACGUUCCAACUUCUCAGCCGCAUGUUGAUGUCGACGCUGGCACACCUUGAGCGCGAGGGGCUGCUUGCCAAGGAUUCGGAGAUUCUCAACCUAGGGACCGUGAUGGGGCUGUUCAUGAUGGUGGCCAGCGACAUGCGGGACAACGACCUCUUGGAGAGCUCCAAGGCCGAGGCACUUGGCCCAGCCAAGGACAAGAAGAGCUGGGUGCCGUCCGCGUUCGACAACCAGAUCCUCGCCUACGCGCGCAAGUACGACAUCGCGCUGGCCGGCCCCGCCAACAUGGCCAAAUACAUCGCCGAGGCCAAGGCCAACGUCGACCUGCCGGUGCCUGCCUCCAACACGGGCCCCGCCGCCGACCCCUUCAGCUUUGCCAAGGCCCUCAAGGCGUACAAGACACUCGGGAAUCCUGCCGCGUUCAUAUUGCAAAUGCGCAGAGCGGAGAAGUGCAAAUCCAAGAUUGGCGGUGACGUCUCCGACUUCACCUCGUGGAAGUCGGCCGAGCGCGCCAAGGUUGCCUUCCGGAAAAAGGACCCUCUGGGCCGGGAAGAGAUUGCCGCUGUUGCUCGCGGCGAUAUCAUGUCGAUCCGGUGAGGUUGAGAUUUGCUUCCGGGUGGUGUGCGGUACCUGUCCUGUAUAAUAUUUUUGGUUCAUGUUGGCUGUUUUAGAUGUAUGAUGCGUAAUCAGAACGUGCUGGUAGAGCUAGAUAUCCGCCCCACUAGCUGUCGAAUGGACAUUGCUUGUUCCGGUUUGCCUCGAACGGUUGGGAGACUUCCUUCAACGAGCCGUCACACUGCACAAUAUCAG